UUCCUCAUAGUUGGAGUCCCGUUUUCUCUAUUUUAUGUCGUGUUCGUUUUGCGUAAUCAGUGUAUAGUGGUAAUUGAAUUAAACGCACCAAACUACGCGUAUUACGAAAAGUGCUUUUAUGCUGUGAACAUAUUUUUAAAAACAUCCUAUCUUCACUGUCAGUGGAAAAGGGUAGAAAAGGUGCAAAGGCGUAUUCCGUGUUGCGUACAGAGAAAAACGGAGCAAUAGCGCGGCUGGGUGGUGCCGAAUGAGUUUCGAAUAUUUUUAUCAGCUUUACCAUAUCACCGCGAUCGUUGAACUUAACAACGGGUUCUGAACGGUUGUGAUUGAACAGCGAGGGAGCAAUUAUCACGGAUCGUAGCCCGAUUGCGCUGGAAGGUUGAGUUACAGACGGAAGUUGCUGAAAGUUGUGAAGUGUGAUCGAAUAUUGCUGUAUUUGUACCGGUAACGUAUAGGCCGGUGCAAUGGCUGAAGCACAUUCAGCUGUUGCAUUCUCAUUCUCAAUCACCCAUGAAGGAUGGGACAUCAAUUACGAUCGUGAGGUCUUGGACCUCGUCUGGCAGUCAGGUGUCCGUUCGUGGAAGAAGCGAUUGGCUCGAUUCCGGACUGGAGUACGCAACGGUGUUUAUCCGGCUCACCUACAAAGCCUGUGGUUGGUGAUAGCGAUCGCGAUAGGACUUCAUUUUACACAACGACACGUUCCAUUCGAUCUGGUGGCCAAAUGGUUAUCAAUUUUACCAGGCAAUUCACUCCAAUGGCAGUUGACGGCAUGCUCACUUGCCGGGUUGGUAGUAUGGCUAUCGAUUUGCUACGCAAUGCGCUAUUCAUUAAAACUGCUGUUGAUGUACAAAGGGUGGAUGUAUGAAAAACGUGCUCCUGGUAGCAGAGUUUCCUUACAGACAAGACUGUGGGGAUUGUUUGUGAAAGUUCUUGCCACCUGGAAUAAGCCAGGACUGUACAGCUUUCAAGGAUCGCUCCCGAGGCUACCGUUGCCAAGCGUGCAAGAUACGAUGUCGCGUUACCUUCGCUCCGUUCGUCCACUGUUGGAUGAUACCAACUACAACCGUAUGGAACGGCUCGCGAAAGAAUUCCAGCUCGGCAUCUCUACAAAAUUGCAACGAUAUCUGUUCCUCAAGAGCUGGUGGUCUACUAACUACGUAUCUGAUUGGUGGGAAGAGUACGUCUAUCUGCGAGGCCGUGGAGCACUGAUGGUAAACAGCAACUUUUACGGCAUUGAUGCUAUUUUCAUGCACCCGACCAAGGUACAGAGUGCACGUGCCGCUAGUGUGGUGAACUUGUUGCUACAGUUCCGCCGUACAGUUGAACGUCAGGAACUAGAGCCGAUUCUAGUGCAAGGUUUGGUGCCACUGUGUUCAUGGCAGUAUGAGCGUAUCUUCAAUACCGUACGUGCUCCCGGAGUAGAGAGUGAUAAGAUCAUUCACUAUCAAGAUUCGAACCACAUCGUCGUACUGUACCGUAGCUGUUAUUACAAAGUUAUCAUCUAUCAUAAUGGUAGAAUUUUGCGCCCGUGUGAGCUGCAAAUUCAGAUCGAACAUAUCUUGCAACAGGGUGCGGAAAAACCCCAACCGGGUGAAGAGUUGUUAGCUUCGCUGACGGCCGGUGAUCGUACCAAAUGGGCCCAGAUUAGGCAAACGGUGUUUGCCAAGGGAGUGAACCGCACAUCGCUGCAUACCGUCGAAAGUGCUGCGUUCGUACUGUCUCUCGAUGAAAAACCCUUCGAAUUUGAUUUGGCUCAUCCGGAAAAGUUAGAUCAGUUUGGACGUUACUUGUUGCACGGCAAUGGACACGAUCGUUGGUUCGACAAGAGCUUUACCGUGUGUGUUGGUAGCAACGGAAGGAUCGGAUUUAAUGCGGAACAUACUUGGGCUGAUGCACCUGUUAUGGCACAUGUUUGGGAAUAUAUUGUCGCUGAAGAGGCAACUACUAAACGAUAUGAUGAAAAUGGCAACACUGCUGGCAUUCCUGAAUUUGAACCACCGACUCCCAAACGUUUGACGUGGGACCUGAACGACAGAGUAGCGCUGGACGCUAUUGAUGAGGCGCACAUUUCCGCCCAGAAGCUGUUGAAUGAUGUGGACUUGCGGAUUCUGGUACAUGAUGCGUACGGUAAGGGACUGAUGAAGACAUGCCGCCUUUCCCCGGAUGCCUUUAUUCAAAUGGCGCUCCAGCUGGCGUACUAUCGUGAUGCUGGCAAGUUCUCCCUCACGUACGAAGCAUCAAUGACGCGGCUGUUCCGCGAAGGUCGUACGGAAACCGUUCGUCCGUGCACAAUUGAAUCGGCUGCGUGGGUCAAAGCAAUGCUUGAUAAGAAUGUUGCGGCCCAGGAACGUGUUCGUCUGUUGAAUGCGGCUUGUGAAAGGCACCAGCUGGGCUACCAGGACGCAAUGUGUGGCAAAGGAAUCGAUCGACACCUUUUCUGUCUCUAUGUCGUUUCUAAGUAUCUGGAGAUCGACUCGCCCUUCCUGCAGGAAGUGUUGAGUGAACCAUGGAGAUUAUCCACUAGUCAAACGCCACACGGGCAAACAUCCAAAAUGGACCUGAAGAAGCAUCCAAAUUGCAUUAGUGCUGGUGGCGGCUUCGGCCCUGUUGCCGACGAUGGAUAUGGUGUGUCGUACAUCGUGGCCGGUGAGGACCUCAUCUUCUUCCACAUAUCGUCCAAAAAAUCAUGUGGAACAACGAGCUCGGAAAGAUUCGCGCAAGAGAUUUGUCGCGCCUUGGCUGAUAUGAAGCAUCUUUUUGAGGAAUAUCGUAGUUUACAGAAGAAAACCACCUCGUCCGGUACCAAAUCGGACAAAUCAGAGGCCAAAUAGUGAUAUGUGUGGAUGUUACAGCAAUGAAUGCAAUCCCUGUUGCAACACAUAUCGUGCAGAAAACAUCAAUACGUUUAUCAACGGAACCGAAUUUCUACAAACUCUAGUGCGUUAUAGAAAGGUUUCAUAAUCGUUACUGCAGCAGACGAUCUAUCUGUGCACUUUUCUUUUGAUCGAAGGUUCUCCCAUCGAUAUUUUGUUCCGCACAGGAUUUUAUUUGUUAACCGAUAUUGUAUAGCUGGAGCUGUGUGAUGAUUAGUUUUCCGUUAAAAAGUACUAAUUGUGCUGAUAUUUGUUGGAAAUAGUGAUGUAAUGUGAAGUGCAAUGAGGUCGAUAUACGUUUUCCAUCAAUAAUCUAGAAUAGGCAAAAGAAAAAAAGAUUAGGGCAAAUAAAAAAAAACAACAACAGAUGGAAGCUUAGUCGACGGCAAUCUAUAAAGGAAUGCAUUAAACACUACUAAAG